AUUUCGUAAUAGAUAUUUUAAAAAAUAUGUUUGAAUGUUUUCUAACAAGAUCUUAAUUUUAAAAAGGUUUGCUUACACCAAUGUCUUAAGGUCCUUUUUGAUUCUUGUAAGUUUCUUGGGGAAAAUUGAAGAUUCUCGAACUGGCACAAUGUCUUUCAUUAAGGUCCUUUUUGAUUAGUUUAAGUUCUUUGGAGUUGAAACUGAAAAUUAUCAAAUUGGCACAAUGUUCUCUGCUUACAGUUAAGGUCAUUUUUUAUUCUUUUGAGUUUAUUGGGCAAAAUUGGUAAUUCUCAAAAUUGUACAAUGCUUACAGUUAAUGAGUUAAGGGUCAAAAUUGAAAAUUCUCAAACUACUAUUUGGGUGGGCACAAUGUCUCUGCUUAAAGUCCUUUUUGAUUCUUUUCAGUUACCUGGGGCAAAAUUUAAAAAUUUCAAAUUACUAUUUGGGCAAUGGGCACAAUGUCUCUCUGAUUGCAAUUAAGGUCAUUUUUUAUUCUAUUUACUUAGUGGGUUCGUGGAAUGAUGUUAUUUUUUAAUCCAUUGUCACAUGUCUAUCUUAAGUUAUAUAUCUCAUGUACCAUGUAUCUUAUGCUGCUUGUUUGUUUCAGAUGUUUUCGAUGCUUGAUAAAAAGUCUCUGAUGCAAGCUAUGGCAUGAUGCACCAUGUUCCACAAGUGUGCCAUGCCAUGGACCCUUUAUGCUACUCUCAUAUCGAACUUAAAAGACAAUAACUUAAAAAUAUUUAUAAUAGCGUAGUGGUAACUAAUACGCCUAAAAUUUAUAUAAAAUUUAAAAUUUAUUUAACUAAUAAAAAUAUAAUGUGCGUAUAGUCAUAGCUUAUAGAUUUACAUAUACAAAUAAAGAUAUCUAGUUAUUUAAAAGGUAAAAUUGUAUAGGAAAAAUAAUAAAUCAUAUUUUGAAUAUUGAAAAUGUACAUAAAUCAAAUUUUUUUUUGCUAUUUAAAAAUUAUUAGAAAAUUAAACUAGAUUAUUACUAUCAAAAGUUCAAAACAUACAUAGAGUUCUCCUUCAACACUGUCGAGUCAACGGCUUCCUUUCCGGGUCUCUUUCUAUCCUCAUCUCAACUCUACUUCUGUCUAUCCUCCUUUCUCUGUAACAAAACGAUGAGCUUAUCAUGUUGUUGGAAUCUCUCUAAGCAAAAAUCUGGUGAAGACAAAACUCUUUCAACGUUCAGUCUCAUGGAUCCUCCGACGAGCCCCGCCGCCCAAAACCCCAGCUCCCUCCACUCCGGUUCGAUCAUCUCAUCUCUCCUUUCGUUUCCCGCUUCCACUCCGUUCUCCAUCGCCUGCUCCUUCGACCGAGAGCUCGAGAAAGCUCUCGCCUCUGCUUCCGACGACGCCUCUGUUCAGGAUCGUCUCCUAAAUCGAACUAUCCAGCUCGCGUCGCUUCUUCUGGACUCCACUGAACGAUGCUUCCGCAAGAGAGCUUCUGCUCACAACUCCGUUUCCUGGGUCCUCCCUCCCGAACUCACCGUCAAGGUGUUUUCGAAGCUUGAUACAAAGUCUUUGAUGCAAGCGGCUGCGUGCUGCACCGUGUUCAACAAAUGUGCGAUGGACCGUUCAUCUUACGCCCACAUCGACUUGACUACAGCUGAUAAUGAAGUUGUGUGUACCAUGAUCCAUCGUGCUGGUAAAGAACUCAGAUCCAUCAAGCUUGGUCAUGUUACUCGGCGAUAUGGACCUGAACCUAAUCCUAAUCCAAUUUGGUUUAAUGGACCUUUUCUUUCCUCACUAUCCUAUAAUCAUGGUUUUCUUGGGAGUCGCUUGACAAGCCUACGGCUUUACAAUGUCGGACCGAUGCACUACAAUUCCUUAAGCAGUGUGUUGUCAGUUUGUUCGAAUCUCACUGAUCUGAGGAUUGUUGGAUCCAAUUCUCCAUAUAUGAAUCUAUUUAUGACCCUGUCAAAAAAAUGUCGUCUGAUAGAGCACCUGUGCUUAGUGAGCUAUCACCCCCUAGGUAAUAUAGACGCGUCAACAGCUUCACACUUGAUAGAGUUGGUGACCAAGUCCCCCAACUUAACUUCUCUAACACUCCUAUGUUUUCAACUAACAAAUGAAAUAGUCCGGAGUCUUGUUGAGAGUUCUCGAAAACUGAAGUACCUGAAUCUGUCCAGAUCACCUAAAAUCGAUGGUCGUUUUUUGAGGGAUUUGGGAAAUAGCUGCAAAGAGAGUCCACUCGAGACUCUAAUAAUGCGCAACUGCGUUAAACUAGAGGAGAAAGAAGUCUUGGAACUCUGCAACUCAUUACUCAAAGGAAACUUCAAAUUCAUUCGUCACAUUGAUGUUUCAAGCAAUAACGGCUUAGUUUCUGAUGAUGGCCGGAGAUCUUACAAACCAAAGUUUCCUGUGGAGAAGCUGAAAGAAGAAAGACCAGAUGUGACACUUGUUGCGGAUUUUCCAUUAGAAAGGUCAGGGAAGCGUUAUCAUGUCGGGGUUGAAGGGGAUGACGGAGAGCUGAGGGAGAUAGAGAUGAUGGAAGCCAAGAACGAUGAAGAGGAGAAUGAUGAUGAUGACGACUCCUUUGACGAUGAUGAUGAUGAUGACGUUUAGCUUUGAUGAUUGGAGGAGUGGUUAAUCAAUCAAUCGUCAAUAUAUCCGGCACGACCGACAUAUGAAUGUUCUCCCAAAGCUCUUUGCAACGUUGCUAUGAUGAUGUUUCUUCCUACAUCCAAAGCCCCAAUCCUAGUUCCCUUCUUGUUGUUCCGCUAUCUUCUCAUUCCUCUUUGUUUCCUGAGUGCCCUUCGACUUCUAUUAGCUGCUGCUCCUUUGAUCGGGCGCUUGGUCAAGCUAUCUAUCUCAUCUGCUUCUUGUAGAAACUCUUGUGCGAACUCUUAUUAUGAGUUGGUAUAUGAAGACGUUUUUUGCACUGCA